UCAAGAUUGAGAUCCUAGGAGAUAAGGAAGGGCAUCCAUUUUUGGACUCCACAUAAAUAAAUAGCUCAUCAGAUCCAUCGAUAAUUAUGGUUAUCAAGCAACCUUUCUCAUCUACUUCAAUUCUCAUCUACCUUCACUCACUCGCUGCAGUACAGUUGGAAUGGCAGCUUCUACCGCCAUGGCUCUCUCUUCUCCUUCCUACGCCGCCGCCGCCGCCGGAAAGGCGGGCAGGUCCCGGGUGGCCCCCAAGAUCACCAUGAGGAGAACCACUUCGUCAAGGACUGGCUUCCGAUCAUCAGUUCCGUCCGGCAGCCCGUGGUACGGCCCCGACCGCGUCAAGUACCUGGGCCCGUUCUCCGGGGAGGCGCCGAGCUACCUGAACGGCGAGUUCCCGGGCGACUACGGAUGGGACACCGCGGGUCUGUCCGCGGACCCGGAGACGUUCGCGAGGAACCGGGAGCUGGAGGUGAUCCACAGCAGGUGGGCGAUGCUGGGCGCGCUGGGCUGCAUCUUCCCGGAGCUGCUGGCCCGGAACGGGGUGAAGUUCGGGGAGGCGGUGUGGUUCAAGGCCGGAGCCCAGAUCUUCAGCGAAGGAGGCCUGGAUUACUUGGGGAACCCGAGCCUGAUCCACGCGCAGAGCAUCUUGGCCAUCUGGGCUUGCCAGGUCAUCCUGAUGGGAGCCGUGGAGGGCUACCGCGUCGCCGGAGGCCCGCUCGGAGAGGUCACCGACCCGCUCUACCCGGGCGGAAGCUUCGACCCGCUCGGUCUGGCUGACGACCCGGAGGCCUUCGCGGAGCUGAAGGUGAAGGAGAUCAAGAACGGGAGGCUGGCUAUGUUUUCGAUGUUCGGCUUCUUCGUCCAGGCCAUUGUGACCGGAAAGGGGCCGCUGGAGAACCUCGCCGACCACCUUGCCGACCCUGUUAACAACAACGCCUGGGCAUUUGCCACUAACUUUGCUCCCGGAAAGUGAAUUCAUUGAGAAGAUCUGUGAUGUGUUUAAUUUGCUGUUAUUAUGACAUGAGACUUUAAUUAAUUUGCUUUGGUUGUAAUCUGUGAAUUUAAUUUCUGCAUCUGUCGUCUAUCUGUCUGCAUAUACAUAUCUAAGAAUCACAAACAGCUUGUUGCAUGCGCAUGUAUUUAUUUAUCUUCUCAUCUUUCUUUAUUGCCUGCCUUCUAACGUACAACCGGCCCAGCGCAGCUCCUCUCUCCGGGUAAGAAAAAGGAUAUAGACGAUGACUGCGGUGCUAAUUAACUUUCUUGUCUCUCCAUUUAUUUAUGAGGCAAUUGGUGGAGGGUCCGUUCAUAGAUUCAUUGACAUGGACGGAGUGGAGCCAAAAAGUGGGAUGGGGGCAAGACCGAUUUAACAAGCCCGCCUGGUUCGAUACUUGGCUCAUGGUGGCACAUUUAUUUGUUUUUAGGUCUUGUUUAUUCUAGCAAACGUCCACACAUGUCUAUUUUACUACUAUUGUAUAUGCCCCAUUUAAGUCUGAAAUGUGGCCUUGUGGGAUGAAUAUACUUUAAAUUCAUGUGUGGGAUUCAAUAGUAAGUGAUACAUAAGGUUAUGGGUGGACCGGUUCCGGUUCGGGCCCGGUUCGGGCCCGGUUCGGGCCUGGGCCCGGCCGGGCCUCGGUUCAGAAAUGGGAGGCCCGGAACCGGCCCGGGUAAUCCCGGGUCCGGGCCGGGCCUCGGUUCUAUUUUUUUUUUGGCUUUACCUAAUUAACCCCCAACCCUCCCCCCUCACCCCCAAGCCACCCCAAACCACCUCAAAUGGACCAAAAUACCAAGCCCAACCCAAAAACUUAAAAAAAAUUCAAAAAAAAAAAAAAAAUUAAUUUGGCCCGAACCGGCCGGGCCGGUUCGCCAAUCAAAGGGCCCGAGCCGCACAAUAACCGGGCCGGGCUGACCCGAACCGCCCCCCGGACCGGUUCCCGGGCCGGGCCGGUUCAAACAGUAACUGGGCCGGGCCGGUUCCGGGCCGGGCCGCCCGGCCCGAGUCCAUCCCUACAUAAGGUGUAUCUCCUUGUUUACAUUCACUUUUAUGUGUCACACUAUUUAUAGAAAGUGACUCAUAAAAUUUAUAACCUUUAUACAUCUCACAAAUUUAUAAAAUGCAAUUGAUAAAGCUUACACAUCGUAUUUUGGGGUGUUACGGGACUACGGGAGGUCAUGUAGGCAUGGACACAGUUAAGACCUUUUAUUAUUAUGUUUUUGGUUUUUUUUGGAUUUGGGCUAGGUUUAGGUGGGCUGGGUGUUUUCGAGGGAUUUGGGGGUGGGGGUUGAAAUAAAUCAGAAAACACAAAAAAAAAUUACACCGGAACCGGUAGACUCUCGGGUCGGUCUCGGACCUUACUCAAAACCAUCCAAACCUGGCCGGGCCCAGAUCUAGGCUCGAACCGGAACUGGACCGGGCCCGGUCCACCCCUAAGGUUAUGUAGAGAGAUUUUGCCCACAAGAAGUGAGUAGGAGUGUUGAGAUGGUGAAACCAUUUCGCACAUGACAAGAGUAGAAGGGGAAGGAACACACAUAAUGGGGCAAUAAUUAACUUGGCAAUUAUGCUUUGUCUACACCAUAUAAAUAGGAAAACAAAAAUUACCCUCCCACUUCUUUCUCAUAUUUCCCUCACUCCUUUCUCUCUCUUCCCACAUUCCUCUCCCCCUCCUUUCAUACUCACUCACCACUUCCUCUCUUUUUAUUUCUUUUUUCUCAUUCUUUUUCAUUUCUUUAUUAUAUAAUCAUCAUAUCUCCUUUUCGUCUUCUUUUUUCUUAUUUAUAUACUACCUCCGUAACAUUGGGAUGUUCCAAUUUGAAAAGUAGGUAGAUUAAGAAUAGUGAAAGGAGAUAUGUAUUAUUAGGGGUAUGAUGGGAAGAUAGUGAAAUAAUGUGAUGGAAUGAAGGAUAAAUCCAAAAAAAGUAGGUGUAAUAGUGUAUUAUUUUUAAAAUUAUUGAGGGUAUGAUGAGAAGAUUUAGAAAUGGGAAGAUAUUAGUGUUACGUCUUAAAAAGGAAAGUGAGAAGAUAUUUACGUUACGGAGGUAGUAUUUAUUGGAGAUUCGUCCAAAAUAUAGAAAAUUACUAGUGUGACAAGUUUACCAUAUUCUAUCUUACUCAAAUCUUCAAGUUUUUUAGAAAUUGGAAAGAUAAUCAUUAAUGAAACGUCGUCGGAAAAUAAAAUUGAUAUAUUAGUAUAUUCAAA